AUGGAUGGCGACUGGGAGGAAGUCGGGCGUCUGCUCCUCCCACCGGGACAGAAUGCCAUCCCUUCGCAAGCUCAAACAAUGGCCUUCGACACUUCCCAAGAGCUGCUCUGGGUUGGAAACGAGUACGGUCGAGUCUCGAGCUUCUAUAGCACCGAACUUACGCGAUAUACAUCUUUUAAGGCAGGGGAAGGGCCUGUGAGGCAACUGCUCAUACAUGAGAAAGGAGUCAUUGCACUCUGUGCGAGGAGUAUACACAUGGGAUUACGGCGUGGUCCUCCAUUAUGGCAUAUAACUCAUGAUGAUAUGAAAGACCUUCACUGUAUGAGCUACACUUCCAAAGGCACGUCCGAGAUACUUGUGGCUGGGCUACAGGAUCAGAUGUUUGCGAUAGAUGUGGAAAAGGGAACUGUUACAAAACAGAUACCUACGGGCGAUCGGUAUACGAAAAUGAAGCGAAGUCGAUAUAUAUGUGCUGCCACGCAGAGCGGUUCGAUCAAUAUCCUCGAUUCGACAACCUUCAGUAUCGUCAGGACUUGGAAUGCUCAUGCGUCUCUCAUCAAUGAUAUGGAUGCCCAGCACGACUUCAUUGUUACUUGCGGAUAUUCCUUUAGAGGAGGCAAUCAGCAGUCGUACAUGCAUGACCCCCUAGUCAAUGUCUUUGAUUUGAAAAAUAUGGUUUCUCUACCGCCGAUUCCCUUUCCUGCUGGAGCAGCCUUUGUUCGGAUGCACCCAAGGAUGUCGACGACAAGUAUUGUUGUAUCCCAGCUUGGUCAAAUGCAUAUCGUGGACCUUAUGAAUGUCCAUACUAGCAACGUAAGACAAGCAAACGUAUUUUCCUCACAUUUGACAAUGGUAGAAAUUGCUCCAUCGGGAGAGGCAAUCUGUCUCGCCGAUGGAGAGUGCUAUAUGCAUCUUUGGGGAUCCCCAUCAAGAAUUCGCUUUGCAGAACUCAGUAACCCAGUAGAAUUUGCCGAUGCAGAAGAAGCACAACAACAAGUAGACUGGACUCGCGGCACACCUCUAAAUACCAUCGGUAUGCCAUAUUACCGAGAACAAUUGCUAUCUGCUUGGCCAAGUCAUAUGAUCUUUGAAGUUGGGGCACCACCUUCAAAGCUUGACCCGCAGCUUGUGUCGUCUUUGAAAAGAGCGGAUUGGUUUGAUUAUGCUCCAAACACCAGAAACGCGAGAAGAAACCAAAUUGAGAAUACUCGGACAACGGAGAAAACGGCGGCGAGUUUGCAGGCUCCCAAAUUUUUAAGUGAAAAGGCCCGAGAGUCUGCCAAUGAGGUUGCCUCGUCAGAGCGACGAAUUAGUGAUGUCGCUGAUUCGAUUGGAGCUAUUGAGUUGUCCAGUCUGAAGGCAGAGGUCCCGGUAAUGUAUCGGAAUGUUGAGAUCAAAUACAGCAAGUUUGGAGUCGAUGAUUUUGACUUUGGUUUUUACAACAAAACAGCGUAUUCUGGACUCGAGAUCCAUAUCUCGAAUUCAUAUGCAAAUCCACUAUUGCAGGUCAUGCAUUUCACACCCUUGAUACGGAAUGCCGCAUUGCAGCAUACAGCAACCGGGUGCAUUAAUGACCUAUGUCUAUUAUGCGAAAUGGGCUUUCUAUUUGACAUGCUAGAGAAAGCUGAAGGCUCUAUAUGCCAGGCGACAAAUAUGUUGAAGACUUUCAGUAAUCAUCCUCAAGCUGGCCCACUUGGUCUAUUAGAAGAAGACGCCCCUGGGUCUUCUCUAACAGUAAUGCUUCAGGGUCUGAAUCGAUUUUUGUUGGACAGAAUAGCUCAGGACUUUAGGAGCUUACCCCCUUAUUCUCCUGCUUUGGACCGUAUCCUGGCUACUGCAGCUACUACCGCGAUCCGGUGUGCGAGUUGUAGAAAUGAGCAUACGCGACCUGGGACUACAUUCGUCAAUGACUUGGUUUAUCCCCCACCGAAACUCGCUGUAAGAAAUGCCCGGGCACCAAAAAUGUCCUUCUGUCAGAUUCUCAAAAUAAGUGUCGAGCGUGAAAGUACAGGCCGAGGAUGGUGCAGCAGGUGUCAACGAUACCAGAACCUUGCAACACGCAAAACAAUACACAGUGUUCCGCCUGUCCUCAUGCUGAAUGCUGCAAUCACAACACCUGAUGCUAAGCAACUAUGGUCAACACCUAACUGGCUGCCCGAAGAAAUAGGGGUCAUAGUAGACCAAGGGCAGUUCUUUUGCUACCAAGGAGAUGAUCUCAAACUCCACCUGCAACGUGGGGUACAUAAUAUGGUUGUCUACUCUCUCGUUGGUCUUGCCGCCGAUAUUGACAGUGGGCAACAUCAAAAAUCACAUCUCGUCUCAUUAGUAAACGUGGCACACUCACAGCCAACGGCACCGGAAGAGAGCCAAUGGCAUCUCUUCAAUGACUUUUUGGUCCGGCCGAUGCAGGCAAAAGAAGCUCUUACCUUCAAUACGUCCUGGAAAGUCCCAUCGGUGAUCGCAUACCAGGCGAAGCAAUUCAACAACAGAAUAGACAAUUCGUGGAAGCAGAACUUGGAUACAUCUCUGCUUUAUUUAGAUCACAAGUACCAUGAACCCAGGCGAACGAACAUACCGUCCCCUAACCCCACAAGAGGCACCCGCCGAGGGCACCAUCAUAGCCCUCGACACGGAGUUCGUCGCGUCCGCCAACCCGAAAUCGAAAUGAAUUCGGACGGCGAACGCGAGACGAUCCGCCCCAUAGUGUAUGCCCUAGCCCGGGUCUCGGUCGUGCGCGGCGCAGGCGAAGACCAGGGUCUCCCCUUCAUCGACGACUACAUCGCCUCCAAAGAACCUAUCGUCGACUACCUAACCUCCUACUCUGGUAUUGUGCACGGCGACCUCGAUCCCCGGCUCUCGAAACACAACCUCGUCCCACUCAAAGUCGCGUACAAGAAGCUCUGGAUCUUGCUGAACAGCGGCUGCAAAUUCCUCGGCCACGGUCUCAAGCAGGAUUUUCGAGUGACGAAUAUCCAUGUCCCGCGCGCACAGGUCAUCGACACCAUCGACCUCUUCUUCGUCAAAGCACGGCUGCGCAAAUUGUCACUGGCGUUCUUGGCUUGGUAUCUUUUGAAAGAGGAUAUCCAGCUGGAGACGCAUGACAGUAUCGAGGAUGCGCGCACGGCGUUGAAGCUGUAUCGCAAGUGGGAGGAGUACCAGGAUGCAGGGAUCCUGGACACGAUUCUGGGGGAUAUCUAUCGCACGGGCAGGGAGUUGAAUUAUAAACCUCCGGCGGCGAAGAAGGAUGGCCUGCUCAUUGAACGCACGCAGACGCCGCCGAUUUUGGCUGCAGGCGGUGGGGGUGGGGGUGAGGGUCUAGGGAGUGCGAGUGGGCCCACGACGCCGGUCAGGAGGCCUGUUGGCCUUGCGCCUGGCAGUGCGGGAACUGGAGGCUCGAAUUUCGGGUCUAGUGGCUGGACGCCGGGGAAGGGGAGUGGGUUGGGGGGGUCGCCGUUGAGAUAG